AUGCAUUCUCUCGCGUUCCUGCUCGCUGUCGGCCCGGCCGCCGUGCUUGCCCAGUCUCCCCUCUGGGGCCAGUGCGGUGGUUACGGCUGGACGGGUCCCACAACCUGCGUUUCCGGCUCAGUGUGCCGUUACCAAAAUGACUGGUACUCCCAGUGUGUGCCCGGGACAGCUCCCGCAAGCAGUACUACCCGGAGCAGCAGCAGCAGCUCCCCAACGCCUACCGGCGGCAGUGGGGGAAGUGGCCUACACAACAAGUUCAAGGCCAAGGGAAAGCUCUACUUCGGCACCGAGAUCGACCACUACCACCUCAACAACAACGCGUUGACCACCAUCGUCAAGAACAGCUUUGGACAAGUCACGGCUGAAAACAGCAUGAAGUGGGAUGCCAUCGAGCCGAGCCGCAAUCAGUUCACCUUCUCCAACGCCGACGCCGUCGUCAACUUUGCCCAAGCCAACGGCAAGCUCAUCCGGGGCCACACGCUCCUCUGGCACUCGCAGCUGCCGGACUGGGUCAAGAACAUCAACGACCGCAACACGCUGACCCAAGUCAUUCAGAACCAUGUGACGACGACGGUGACGCGGUACAAGGGCAAGAUCUUGCAGUGGGACGUGGUCAACGAGAUCUUUGCCGAGGACGGCUCGCUGCGUGACAGCGUUUUUAGUCGGGUGCUGGGUGAGGACUUUGUCGGCAUCGCCUUCCGCGCCGCGCGCGCUGCCGACCCGGCCGCCAAGCUCUACAUCAACGACUACAACCUCGACAGCGCAACCUACGCCAAGCUGACACGCGGCAUGGUCGAAAAGGUCAACAAAUGGGUCAGCCAGGGCGUGCCCAUCGACGGCAUCGGCACUCAGGCGCAUCUCGCUGGCCCCGGCGGGUGGAACCCUGCCUCGGGCGUGCCCGCCGCUUUGAGGGCCCUCGCCGCCGCCAACGUCAAUGAAAUUGCCAUCACCGAGCUCGACAUUGCCGGUGCCUCGGCCAGCGACUAUCUCACGGUUAUGAACGCCUGUCUGCAGGUGUCGAAGUGUGUGGGUAUCACCGUUUGGGGCGUGUCGGACAAGGACAGCUGGAGAUCGAGCGACAACCCGCUUCUCUUUGACCGCAACUACCAGCCCAAGGCGGCAUACACUGCCCUGGUCAAUGCCUUGUGAAACGACGAGAGGAUAUGCGGUUGUUUGACAAAUCUGAGGUUGUCAUCUGACGUAGUGUAGACGGCAGGAGGAGGGCGGUGUGUCAAGGGUACAUAUGCACCAGGUGCAACAAACUGAGCGUUUUCGAGUAUAUAUUUAUCCGUAGUAUAUAUGGUGCCUUAUUUUCCAUGAUGAACCUCGCUCUUGACUUGGAAUGGUCGUCACUCACAGGGUGUGUAUCGAUUCUGUUUACCGGGGCAGUCAUUGGCCGCAAGAGGUCGUAUCAACUUAUCAAUCAAUCGCUCAAUAAACCAAUUUUGGCGGGUUUGGAUCAACCAAUUUAACUUUGAGGGCUCGGUUGGGUUGGUUGAAUUGUUAGCUACGCUGUCUCACAGAUCUGAUCCAGCCGCUUGAUGUUGUUGUCUUCCAGCCAUUGAAGCAAU